CCCUCUUCCCUCCCCCAUUUCCUUUUGCCAAAACCAAAAAUCAGUGAGAAAGAAAAUGGCGAACUCAAUGGCAACGCUGUCACGGAGGCUGUGCCGCUCUCUGCUCCCAAGCGCUAAGCCGGCCUCCCAUUACCUCUCCUCUAUGUCCUUCUCCACCGACAACCUCUCCGACUUGGACGAGUCCGAGAAGGCAGCCCUCAACUCCGACCCAGACUCAGACCCCCCAUUGUCUCAGCAAUCUUCGCCAUCACAGCCACCAAAAGAACGCACGGUGUACGAUCACCCCCUCGAGAACGGCCUCGAUGUUGGCAUCUAUAAGGCCAUAUUGGUGGGGCAGGUGGGGCAGAAGCCGUUGCAGAAGAAGCUGAAGAGUGGGAUGACGUUGACGAUGUUGUCGAUUGGGACCGGUGGGAUUCGCAACAACCGGAGGCCAUUGGACCACGAGGAUCCGAGAGAGUACGCCAAUCGGUGCGCGGUACAAUGGCAUCGGGUUUCCAUUUAUCCGGAUCGGGUGGGCAGGGUUGUCGUGAAGAAUGUUGUACCUGGUUCGAUUCUAUAUUUGGAGGGGAAUCUUGAGACCAAAAUCUUCACUGAUCCAGUGACUGGUCUUGUUCGACGUGUAAGAGAGAUUGCGAUUCGCCGCAAUGGUCGCAUUGUGUUUUUAGGUAAGGGGGAUGAUGCACAGCAACCAUCAGAAUCGGAAUUUAAAGGUGUUGGGUAUUACUGAAAGUGUUGCUCAAGUGUUGGAAUCAGCAAAGGUUUAUUUGACAGAAACCAAUUUUUGAGGCCUGUAAUUAUGUGUUCAUUUUUGGUUUUGAAAUAGCCAGGAUGGAGGAAGAAAACUUGAAGCAAGCGCCUUUAUUUGUCACGCUCUGUUUUGGAUGCCAUGAUGGGUUGGGAAAUUAAAUAAUUUAUUUGUCAAUCCAUCAUUUCCAUCAUCUUCAGAUGAAAUGAUGUUGUGAGAGAAGUUCACCUUCUACUUCCUUUCCUUUUUUUUUUUUUUUUUUCUGAGCGAAGUUCACCUUCUACUUGAUUGUCA